AUGACAGCCACAGCCCAGCAGCCCUCCAAAGCCCAGCCCGUCCAUCUGACCACGCCGGCGRCGGGCACCAACACCCCGGUGCCGGCGGCGGGCGGCGACCCCCAGGCACAACUGGAGGCUGACAAGAGGGCAGUCUACAGAUGGAUGGUGAAGGCGAUCCAGGUGCUGCGCAUUCACCUCCUGGAGCUGGAGAAGGAGAUGCUGCAGAGCUCUCCGGCCGCGCUGCCGCCGGCGUCCAACCCCGCGCCGGGCAUCGUGGUGCCCGCGGCCACUCUGCCCCCGGGCAACCUGGCCAUGAGCACGGGCAGCAGCUCGCCCGCCGUGCCAGGUGGAGCGCUGUACCAGCCCGUGACCAUGGUGACGUCGCAGGGCCAGGUCCUCGCCCAAGCCAUCACCCCUGGUGCCCUGCAGAUCCCCAAUGCCCAGGUGAACCUGGAUCUCACCUCCCUCCUYGAUGGUGAGGACAAGAAAUCCAAGAACAAACGGGGCGUGCUGCCCAAACACGCCACCAACAUCAUGCGCUCAUGGCUCUUCCAGCACCUCAUGCACCCCUACCCCACAGAGGAUGAGAAGAGGCAAAUUGCUGCCCAAACCAACCUGACCCUGUUGCAAGUCAACAACUGGUUCAUCAACGCCCGGCGGCGCAUCCUGCAGCCCAUGCUCGACGCCAGCAACCCGGACCCAGCGCCCAAAGCCAAGAAAAUCAAAUCCCAGCACCGGCCCACGCAGCGCUUCUGGCCCAACUCCAUCGCAGCCGGGGUCCUGCAGCAGCAGGGYGGCAAUUCGGGGACAAAUCCUGAUGGCUCRCUCAGCAUGGACAACCUGCAGCCCCUCUCAUCAGCCACUGCCACCAUGGCCAUGCAGCAGGCAAUGCUGGCAGCCCACGACGACUCCCUCGAUGGCACCGAGGAAGAGGAGGAGGAUGAGGAGGACGAGGAUGAGAUGGAGGAGGAGGAGGAGGAGGAGGAAGAGCUGGAGGAAGAGCCCGGUGGCCUCCCAGCAGCGCCUGGUGCUGAGCUUGGUUUGGACCACAGUGACUCGCUGGAAUAGCUCCUCCCGCACCUCCCAAACCAUUGACAGCACCAGUUACAAAAUUCCCCCCGAAAUGCAAAAAAACAAAAGGCAAGAAAAAGAAAUCAGUGAGAAAAAAGCCAAACAGGGGCGCUGGCAGAUGACCCGGCUGCCCACGGCAGCGCACGAAGUGAAGGACACACGUUUACAAGGCACAUAUUGUGGCCAGAAUAAUCUUUCAUUUCAGGUUUUAUUUCCCUUUUCCCCCGCAUUUUUUUGGUAAGCAAAAGUGUUUUUAGGGAAAGCCUAAAAACCUAAAAGCCUAAAGUUUUCCCCACGCGACGCUCAGAUGUGACUGCGGGUUUUCACCGCCGUGUCCAUCCCUUGGAUUUCUUGGUGCAAAGAAAAACCAACCCAACCCCGGGACUUGAUGCUUUUUUGGAU